AUGAGUAUUUCCAACAAAUGUGUUGACGACGAGAGUUCCCCUCCGGCAGUGGAGGAGGGCGAAGUCAAAAGCGACGCAGAAGCUGAGGAGAUCACGGAGACGGAUCUGGACUCCCUAAAACGCGAGCUGUCAAACGAGAUAUCCGAUCUUGAAUGGGAGUUUAGGCAGAUCAAAGAAGCCCUCUAUGCCGAACGGAUUGCUCAGGUUGACAAAAAAUUGCAGCAGCUCAAGUCAUCAGAGGCACCGGAGUUAAUCAAAGUCUUUGCUCUUGUCGACGAGACCUACCGCAUUCGAAAACAGGUUGCCAAGCACCGUCGUGAUUUUGAACUGGAAGUGGCCAACAAGGAAUUUGACAAUGCCCUGCAGAUGGCGACCUACGACGCUGAGGAGAACUUACGCGCCACCGAAGAACGCCUAAGACUACGCAUCCAGGAAAAUAUUUGUUCCCUCCAAGUGGAGCGUGUUCUGGCCAAACGUGGCAUGUUCCAUGGCCAAACGCGAGACGAACCACUGCGACAACAGAACGCCGGUCUGGGUCGGCUCUCGCAGGCGUCGGCAGCUCUCAUUGUGCCUGGCCUAGACGAGGACAUCGACGAAGACGUCGGCUACCUCCCCAGCCAGGACCUCGAACCACGGCGGAAGCCCGUCACCCUCUCACCGUCCUUUCCGCGUCUGGUCUACGAAGUCGACGAGGACGACAUCCGCUCGGACCUUGACGCCAUCAAAAGCGCAGUCAAGGAGCAAAAGGUUGCCGUCGCGAUGUCCUACUUGAAAGCCAAGCAACGCGAGUCCUAA